ACUAAGGAAACUGGUCCCGCUAGAUCUAUCAUUCAUACUGAAUAAACUUGAAAUGAGUAGCCCACUACUACGAGGACGCACGAGCUGGGCGGAGAAUCCGCGCCAAUUCAACAUGAUCUCUUCAGACAGCAACAGCUGACAGGUGCCAACAAACACAGAGAUGAUGUCAAGCUCAGACUGUUUGGAGUGAGUCGACUUCAUAAGCUGCAGCAGGCGACAGAAGGCUUCUCGUUUCUGUAGAGCACAAUACAUCAACACAUCCUCAAGAUUACAACAGUUUGUUAGGGGUGACUGUUGUUGCCGUUGUUCUGUACUCAUGUUUGGAAUCUGAAGCAACAGUGGAUUGUCCCUGCGUCCAAUACUGUGUUUAUUUUUAUACACAUUGUACCCUGAGAAAGAAGAUGACUAAUGAACUAAUAGGAUUGGAGCACUUUAUUACAUGAGGCGUGUAAGCAAUAGAGAGAGAGAGAGGAGGGUUUGGAAUAUAAAGGCAUUGAAGAUGAAGUGGGAAACAAGCUACAGAACUCACAACAACAACUGCAGAACAACAUAAGUAUAAAGGACAACCUGCCACAACCAGACGCAGAAAACAUUGGGUGAAUAUCCAACACCACCAUGGCUAAGAUCUAUAAGAAGGCUAGUGGCAAUGGUUCACUUUGCCUUUAUUUGGGGAGGAGAGACUUUGUGGACCAUGUGGAACAUGUUGAUUCAAUCGAUGGGGUGCUCAAGAUCGACCCUUCAAAUCUGAAUGGAAGACAAGUCUGGGUACAGCUUGCAUGUACGUUCCACUAUGGAAGAGAAAAUCUUGAUGUGAUUGGAGUUUCCUUUAGGAAAGACAUCUGGGUAAAGCGCAUUCAGAUGUAUCCACCUCCAACAAACAAGCCACCCAACACUACACCAAUGCAGGACGUCCUUUUAAAGAAAGCUGGGGACCAAGGACACCCCUUCACUUUUGAUAUUCCAGUUCAUCUUCCAUGCUCAGUUUCCAUUCAACCAGCACCAGAGGACGUUGGCAAGCCUUGUGGGGUUGACUAUGAAAUAAAAGCUUAUAUUGCAAAUGAAGCAGACAACCUGAAUGAGAAAAUUUCAAAGAAGGACACUUGUCGCUUGACCGUCCGUAAAAUCCAGUAUGCACCGGAGAAGCUAGCAGCUGGACCCAAGGCUGACCUCAAUAAACACUUUAUAACAAUGGACAAACCAAUUCACUUAGAAGCCUCCAUAGAGAAGGAGCUCUACUACCACGGAGAGCCGAUUCCUGUCAAAGUAAAAGUAAAUAAUGAGACCAGUAAAGUAGUGAAAAAAAUCAAAAUCACUAUUUACCAAAUUACAGAUGUUGUGCUUUACUCAGCGGACAAAUACUACAAAUGUGUCCUGGACGAAGAAUUUGGGGACCAGGUGAACGGUAACUCUACCUUUGAAAAGGAAUACAAAGUCAAUCCAUUGCUGGCUAAAAACAAAGAGAAAUUUGGUCUUGCGCUGGAUGGCAAACUCAAGGAUGAAGACACCAAUCUGGCUUCUUCAACGCUUCUGCUUCCAGAUAUGGAUAUGAAUAAGGAAAUGCGAGGCAUCAUGGUUUCCUACAAAAUUAAGGUUACCCUGAUGAUGGGAGGUGGACUCCUGGGAAGUCUCACAACAAGUAACAUUACUGCUGAGCUCCCUCUGGUGCUCAUGUCACCCAAACCAGCAGGUCUGAUAUAAAUCUUGAGUAAAUUCUACAGCAAAUGAGGAUAAGGAAUAAACAAGGAUGAGAGACACACAAGAACAGAUGUCAAUUUGUUGGACAACCUCGUUUCAUGAGCCAGAUGUCAGCGAUUCGUCCUUGUUGCAAAUAUCUGUGUAACAGGAAUUACUUGUGUUAUGGUAAAAACUAACUCAAAGGCCUUUGAAAAGUAACCACUAAUCUAAGGCUUUUAAAUGUUAUACUACGGUACCUCUGCCUUCAUCAUGGGAAAGUGGUUUAGCAUCUUGAUUUAAGUUUGUGAUAAUAAACCUACACUAUGGAGUAAUGGGACAGUUUCGCAGACAGGUUUUAGAUUAAUGCAAGACUAGCCCUUAGUUAUAUUAGGAUGUUUAAGUAGUUUUCACAAACAAACCUUACAAAAAACAAUACUGGUGGUGUGCAUCUUGAGACAAAACAAUGGCACUGAUAAGCAUUUUAGUCUGGGACUAUGAUAAGCCCUGUCCUGGAAACCACCUAUAUAUGAACAAGAGUAUUGGCAUGCCCUAUUCUAAUACACGUUUAUCUAGUCCAUUAAUUUCAAUAAAAACAAAUAUGAAUGAUAUACCAUGCAAUACAAUUUUAAAGAAUUGGUUUUCCAUCUUUGUUGCAACCGUUUUGGACGGGCCUUUUUGUUCGAAACUACUGUAGAUGUGUCAAAGUCAUUGAUGGGUUUUGGGUGACGAAGAGUGUUUGACUCAAAGCCUGCAAGUCAUACCAAAGGUGUUUAGCUGGGUUCAGGUCUGGGCUAUAUGCAAAUGAGUCAAAUUCUUCCACGUUAGACUGAAUCAUUGCUUUGUGCACACUAUUGUCAUGUUUAAAUAGAAAAGGGCACUGCCCAAACUGUUGCUUAAAAAUAGAAGCACACUACUCUGUAAAAUACUAUUACAUGAAAUGACUAAGUAGACAGACUUGUUUAUUAGUAGUACUUUUAUUGUAUCAUUCAGGUUUUGUUAUGUUUGUUGUUUCUAUUUUGUUGUAUUGGCAUUCUGAAACAUGAAUAAACACUGAGUUUAAUUUCCAUACAACAA